UCUCUUUUUUAGUCUCCAUUAAAAGAAUGGAUGUUAAAGCAAGGAGUAGUAGUGGUCCAAACAUGGUAAGUACUGAAGAAGAGGACUUGAAAAGAGGUCCUUGGACUAUUGAAGAAGAUUUUAAACUUAUCAACUAUAUUUCCAUUCAUGGCAAAGGUCGAUGGAACUCUCUUGCUCAUUCUGCAGGAGGACGUGAGUUUGAAUGCGCUGAAACGCAUUAUCCUCUUAUUUAUAGGUUGGGGAGAGGCUAUAGGUCUUAAACGAACUGGAAAAAGUUGUAGGUUGAGAUGGUUGAAUUAUCUCCGGCCUGAUGUCCGACGUGGGAACAUCACACUUGAGGAACAACUUUUGAUUCUUCAACUUCACUCGCGAUGGGGAAAUCGAUGGUCCAAAAUCGCCCAAUUCUUGCCCGGAAGAACCGACAACGAGAUCAAGAACUAUUGGAGAACUCGUGUCCAAAAACAUGCCAAACAACUCAAAUGUGACGUCAACAGCAAAGAAUUCAAGGACACCAUGCGUUACCUAUGGAUGCCUAGGUUAGUUGAAAGGAUUCAAGCUGCCACCACCACCACUAACACCGCGUCCACUUCGGCUGCCAUGACGAGCAAUGCGAGCAUUGAGCAAAUGAUGUUGCCUAAUCUGAGUUAUUACACUCCGGACAACGCUAGCACUACUGCCUCAUCAGACUCUAUCGGGACUCAAGUUUCACCAAUUUCAGAUUCAAUUGAUUAUUACAAUGGUGUCUCGACUAAUUAUAACCCAAAUCAUGAUUAUUUGCAAGCUAACCAUGAAUCCUUAAUAAGUCCCAUUGGGAGUUAUUGCAACAAUGGCGAUGGCAUGGAUUUUGGGUUGAUGGAGUUGAACCACCAUUGGGCAAGUGAUGGUGAUGGUGAUGGAUCGCAUAAUUUAUUGAACGCUGAAGAUUUUUUCUUCUUACAGCACCAGUUCAACUUUAACAUGUGAAAUGCAAAUAUGUAUCUUCAAAAAUAGAUUGAAAAUGGGGGAAAUGGAACUUAAUUGUAGAGGGACCAAAAAAAAUAUUCACAUUAAUGUUUUAGAACAUAUAUAGAAUUUGUCUUAGUUGAACUUGUAAGAAAAAAAAAGAGAUUGUCAUUCUACUUUUUAUUGGAUUAUUGUAAAAAGAAUUAUAAACGAGACUAGAAACAUGUUAUUUUAUCCAUCUAUUCUGAGAAAAUCUAUAAACGAUAUUUUAUA